AUGGCCAUCAACUAUCUCAUCUUGCUGUCCCGGCAGGGCAAAGUGAGGCUUGCGAAAUGGUUUACCACGCUGUCGCCCAAAGACAAGGCCAAAAUCAUUAAGGAUGUCUCUCAACUUGUUCUCUCCCGGCGUACUCGAAUGUGCAAUUUUCUCGAAUACAAGGACACCAAGGUUGUCUACCGUCGUUAUGCAUCUCUCUUCUUCAUCGCCGGUUGUGCCUCCACAGACAAUGAACUGAUCACCCUCGAGAUCGUUCACCGAUACGUUGAACAAAUGGACAAGUACUACGGCAAUGUGUGCGAGUUGGACAUUAUCUUCAACUUUCAGAAGGCAUACUUCAUUCUGGAUGAACUCCUCCUUGCCGGUGAAAUGCAAGAGAGCAGUAAGAAAAAUGUGUUGAGAUGCAUAAGCCAACAAGACAGCCUCGAGGACAUGGAGCUUCGCCUAGCCAUGGAUCACCUUGCUUCGCCGGUCUGCGGUAUCCGUCAACUUGACUGCGACAUGCUUUCGUUCCUCAAUUUUCUACUUGCGAAAGUGAAACUGACCGCGAGAUUUACUCGCAUUCAGGUUGAAGAAGACGUCACCAAGAUCAUGUAG